CUCGUGACGAACGGACGCGCGGCCAAUGGCAAGCGGGCAGCGCGACUCAAUCGGACCGCUUUUUAGGCUUCAUUUCGAUGCGACUCGAGCGGAAGCGGAAAUACGAAUGCGAAUGCGAAUGCCAACGAAUUGCAAAUGGCACGGCUGAAAUGUGUGCGUGGCGCGUGCGAUGAUCGUCGAGUAAAUAAAAUAUCCAGAAACGGGAUAAGGCCAAGUGAAAUCGGAGCUAAGCUGUAAAUCAUAAAGUGUCAGCAAACCCAGAGAAAAAAUCAGUCGAGUGUGCUUUCUUUGCCCCGAGAUUUGUGCCACUGCAUACUAAAGUAUAUAAUUUAAUUUGGCAAAUGUGUUGGAAAAUUGUAUGGCCCGGCGAAAGGGAAAGGCAAUGGAAGAGGAAAACUGCGAGCAGCAGCUGCCGCUGCCGCACGGCUUGCUGCUUACUGCUUAUGCUGGCAAACAAAAGUGAUGCAGUCGCACAAAUAAAAUAAACACAUUUCAAAGCUCAAAGCAUGUGCGAACUACGAAACAUGAAAAUAAUGCCGCACAGUGCUCGAAGCGUAAAUUAAGCCAGCGAGAGUGGUGAAAACAAAUAGAAAAAAUCAACUUUAACCAACAAUUGAAGUGGCGGAACAGGAGGAUAAAACCACAACAUGACCCGCUUUCGCAUAAAAAACCUGAAAAUCCUCUCCUGCUGCCUCAGCCUGUGGGUGGUGCUCUUCGGUGGUGCCCUGCACCUGGCGCAGGGCAGCGAGUUUCCCGAGCGCGAGUGCUGCGACCUCACCACCACCUCAACAGUAGGGCCGCUGCCCAUGCCGCCCGCCGCGCUGCCCACCGACAAAUCGCUGUCCUCGGCCACAACGGCCUUGGAAACGGAUCUGGCCAUCGGACGAUCGGGUUCCACCAUUAAGGGCGUCGUGGCCAUACUGAAUUGUAUCCUGGCACGUCAGCUAUGUUUCGAGGAUCCCUCAUGUUCGGCCAUAUUGGAAAUUAUACCGCGUGUCUGCGGGCCCAUACCAGUGUCCUGCAGCACGGUGACGGUGACCAAGUGCCAGGCUGCCCUCCGCACCCUGCAGGCCUUCCAGUUCUUCCGGCCCACCUGCCUGUGCAAGGAGCCCGGCAUGGAUCCCGACUGCAAUCACUUUCGGGACUUUCUCUUCGAUCACCCAUGCGGAUUCGUACUGAAGAAAGCCGAGAAGGAUCCUUAUCCCAUUGAUGCACUACCAACUUGCAACCAUGCCCUGUCCGUCUGUCAACAGGAACGCAAAUGCCUGAAGCUCUUUGAGGACUUCAAAACGCAUUGCAAAGUGCGCGACAACAAGUGCAAAAUGGAAAACAGGGACGCCUGCCACGAUUCCUGGACCAACCUACGGCUGUCGCCCAUGUUCGGAUGCAUCUGCCCGAACAACCAUAUGAAAAAGCGCUGUGAUCGUAUCUUUAAUAUUGUUAAUCACAAUCCGUGUGUGGAUAGACUAAUAUUUUUCCCCAACGGUCUGCCCAAAUUGAAGCAACCGAGACCGAAGGCAAAGCCGCGGCCCAAGUCGAAACCGAAAGCGAAACCAAAACCGAAACCCAAACCGAGGCAAAGGCACCACGGCUCCAAUGGCACCGAGCUCAUGUCCAACAAUAUCGAGUACCACGACGAGCCCAACGGACUGAACGAUCCGGAGGACGAGGGGAAUGGAACGCAGGACGAGGACCCCGAUGGCGACGGGGAUGAGAAUCAGGAUGAGGAUGAGGACGAGGAGGAGGACGACGAUUAUGAUGACCGCAUACGAGCCGAGAUUUAUUCAAAUUACCCGCACUACCUGCAUCCGCCGUCGUGGGGCAUCAACAAUCCCCUGGUCCUGGCCUCGCACAGUCCGCACACUUUGGACGACGACGACGACGUGGUGGUGGAGGUGAUGGUGGCCAACAAGAAGCCACCGCUGCAGCCGCUAGAACACGACGUGGUGGUGGUGGUGGAUGCCGGGCCGCACUCCCACACCCAUCCGCAUUCGCACACCUUCUACAGCCACGGCGAUCAGGGUUCCACAACGGGAUCUGGAUCUGGAUCUGGAACUGGCUCUGGCUCUGCCUCUGGUUCUGGACUUGCUGGAGCAGCACCCACUAUUCCCAGCCCACCUAACACUGGCACCAAAAUGCACAAAACAGCACCACUCGGCGAUUUAGUUGCCGGCAGCGAUAUAACCCACCGCACCUACACAGGCCCCUCGAUGGAUGAACGAGUAAGAAUAUUGGGCAUGGACGAGAAACUGCAUCAGAGAAUCUUCAAUGAUAAUUUGGCCCUAAUUGAUACGCCACUUAUAGCCAUGGGCACCGGCUCCGGUUCCGGCUCCGGCUCCACGGUCACCUCAUCCGGAUCCGUUUCCGGUUACGGCCUGGGAAUGGGCAUGGGCCUGGGAUCGGGCAUGGGCAGCUUUAACUAUCCGGGCUCGAUGCACGGCGUGCCCAGCUAUCCGUUCAAUAUUAGUGGCUUCCAUCAGCGACACAUGGCAGCGGCGGCUGCCGAUAAUGAACCAUUCGAUAUCAUUGAUACGGGCUUGGGCUACGGCGGAAACGGAAACGCCGGUGUUUACUACCAAAGUGGUCAGGAUGUCGAAGUUGACCUCUCAACGGAAAUAAUCAAGCAACACUUUCAGAGUACCUGUCACACGGCAUUGGACACUUGCCGGGAAGAUCCGUCCUGCUCAUCGUCCUUGCAGCCAAUGCUGACGCACUGCGAGCUGCAUCGGUGCAAUCGCAACGCGUGCAUGUCCUCGCUGCAGGCCUUCUACAAGGGACCCCACGAGGACCUCAAUCUGGACAUCGCCUUUUGUCUAUGCAAAAAAACAAGCAGCAGCCAGCAGAACGGCAAUCGGCACGACAUGUGCAUGAUUGCACAGGAAAAACUGCAUCCAGUGUGCGCGCAGCGACCGCCCGAUAACAGCAAUCCGGCCAGCUCCAAUGGCAUUUACUACCAUCCACCGCCCGCUUGUCACGUGGUCGCCGAGAGCUGCAAGGAAGACCGCGAGUGCAGACUCAAGUUGGAGUAUUAUGAGCAGGCCUGUGCCGUUGACAGCGUGACCAAAAAGUGCGCCGGCAGACCGAGUGGCUGUCGUACGGCCAUGAUUGGCAUUCUGGGCACCAUGUUGAGGACGACCUGUGCCUGUCAGGGAACGGAUCCCCAGCACCUGUACCAGUGCGUGGGAUGGCGGCGCCUUCUCUGGAUGAACCCCUGUGUGGUUGAGGCUCAAAAAGAUUUCCAUAUGAAGCGAUUGGCUGAGCUCGGUUUCCUAACAACCACAACAACGACGACCACCACGACGACAACAACCACGACGACGACAACCACGCGUGCACCACCUCCCCCACCUCCGCCCACCACAACAACAACUUCGACGACCAGCCUGCAGCCAAGGCAGACGCCAAGGAAGCCGGCGACGCACAUCUUCAAGGACGUCACUGCGCCAAAGGAGAAAUCAGAGCCAACAUCGGUGGAACACAAUUAUCUCGAUCCGCCCGAUUCAAUACCGCUGCCCAGCGUAAAUGUCGAGAGUGGCGGAAAUGGCGGAAAUGACGAUUAUCACAACGGCAAUGGACACGGAAAUGGAAAUGGCAAUGGUAACGGCAACGGCAACGGCAAUGGCAACGGCAAUGGCGGCAGACGUAAAAAUGGCGGAAAGGGACGUGGCGGCAAUGUAGAUUUCGAUGAUCCAGUAAUUUUCGUCGACCCAAGGGAAACAACAGAAUUUGUGGGCGUCAGCAUCACGGAGCCGGUAACCACAACAACCACAACAAUGGCCACCACGACAACAACACAGCCGCCAAGAAACUGUGUAGUCCAGCGACCACGCCAGUCGGAUCAACUUAUUCGAGAAGGCAGCAGCAAGCGGAUCUACUCCUUGGACGACGUCGAGUGCAGUGAGCUGUGCAGCUGCGGCGAAUCGCUCACCCUCACCUGCCACGCCCUCUGCGUGCCAUUCGCCCCCUGCCGCACCGCCCUGGCCUUCUACAGUCACGCCUCGCCCGCCUACCAGGCGUUCCGCGGACGCUGCUUGUGCUACUCGGGCCGCUUCAUCUGCAUGAAGCCGCCGCUCGGGGAGUACAUUCUGCCAGGUGGGAUAUUUCUGCUGCUGGGCUACAGUGCCGCCGACGAGGCUCUGCUGAGGCCCCACACCAACCUGGGGGUGCAGGAUGCCGUGCGAGCUCUGCAACAGUACGUAACCACAUACAUCGAUAAUCAGACGCAGUGCACCCUAACCCUGUUCAAUAUGACCGAGGAGAACAUCAUCAUUGCUGCGCGUCUACCGCACGACGGUAAACUGAAGGACAUUGAGCUGCUGCGGAAGGAGAAGGACGAGUGCACCGCGAUACUGAAGACCAUCAGUCAUCAAAUCAAUAGCGAGCACAGUGAGCUCCAAUCCCACCGACUGCUGAGCAUUUUCAAAAUGUCCGAAGUCGAAGUCGUUUGGCCGGAGAGCACCAGUGCGGCGGCCCGGAGUGGACACGGUCCGGGUCAGUUUGCCGGAUGCCAAUGCUACCGGCUGCUCUACGCGGCGACGCUCGCCCUGGCGUAUCUCUCCAGCUGGACAACGCUGCGGAUGAGCGAUGUGGCGACAUGACAGCCGCAUAGCUGAAGGAUUAGAGCAAGGACAAUUGCAUAGCUGUACGUAGUAGAUAUUUGUUGGGGGAUCAUCGGUGGGAAACAGCGCCAGGCAAGUUACGAUAUGUGGAGCGAUAGCGAUAACUAUAAACUAUAAAGAUAUGGUGCAUACUCUUACGCGCCGCACAUGGCACAUAACAAGAUAUCAUAAAGUGUUGUAUACAUCUAGGGGCUAGUUCUGUGUUUAGCUGCGAUUUUUGUGAGGCUUUGUUGUUGACCUUGGCGAUGUUGCUGUCUCUUUUGAUACGUACAUAUGUAAAGCAUUAUGGGAUAUACAAAACAUUUAGAGCAUACGCCUAAAAAACUUAUCUAGAUUUAUCUAUAAUUUAAAGUGAAAGGAAACUGCUGUCUACAUAAUAAUAUUGUUAGCUAAUAGCAGAGAUAAACUCGAUAGUUCGAUUUGAAGUGACGUGUAUAUAGAAGGCAUUCGUAUUAAGUACUAUCCGUAGCUAGUGUUUUAUACGGUAAACAAUACACACAACUCCUGUCCGCCUGUCCGUUCGUCAUUAUCGCACCCAAACACAUACAGCAUUCAACAAUUAACGCCCAUGCCUUCGGUCUUAUUGUUUGCUCUUUAAGCUCUAUAAAGUUCUCGGCUGCCUUAAUUAAAAAGAAUUAUUAACCGCCUUGACAGUGUUUACUUUGUUAAAGGAUGUGAGUUCCUCUCCUGGAUAUGCCAGCUCUCUUUUGAUUUUUAAUUACAUUUUAAUGUGGCCUGGCCUCCGCCAUUUUCCUUCUGCCGGGCAAACAAAUAAUAGUCAGGCGUGCGAAUGAACUCAUUUAACACUCGCUUUCGCGGAUGAGCGUGCAAAACGUUAUUGUUAAUUUAUUUCAUAGUUUCCGUUUCGUUCGGAGGCGCGAAAACAAUUACGGUUUCAUUAUCAAUUAUGCGCUAUGCAUUUCGAUUGUUGCCACAAUUUCAGCGGGCCGACAGCCGUGACCUCGCCUCGUUCCAACAGGUUUCAUUGCUUGCCCCAAAAUCCUGAUUGCCUCUUCAUUUUGCUGUACAUACUCUUAACAACUUGAACUCAAUUUACGUAAUUAAUACUAACAGUACAUAUCAAUAUGAACACCUAAACGAGUUUUACACAGAAACGAAAUUCUUACAAUGUCCCCUCGAUUGCUCGAAUCUUUUGUACAUAGUUCUUUAUACGAAAACUAUACAUAGUAUUUACAACGAUAUACAAAAAACACGCCUAAGUCAACCUUAUAAAAUAUUUAUGACUACUUGAUUCCCUUGAAAAAACGCUAAGAAGAACUGUAAAUUUAACCAUACUUCAGUUGAGCCUUAAAUGAAGUAUGUAAAAAGGAGGAAAAAUUGCUAUUGUAAAUAAAUAACAACACCUGAGCGAAUGGAACAUUUAUGAAUAUUAUUAAUUGAGUGUUUGACAUAUAGACACACGCACUACUCACUUAAAGUCUAAGCUUGACCAUUUGAACGGAAACUUGUAGCGGUGUGAAAUGUGCGGAUAUUAAAAAUGGUCACAAUCAUGAAAAAAUGUCUUCCUUAAUGCAUAUACUUGGCGAUAUGUAUCACGUUUAUACAUAUAUAUAUAUAUAUAUAUACACAUACUAACCUAUACGAUAUCUGGCAAGUCCCUAGCCUGCGCUUCAGUUAGACAAAGAAUAAUGUAAUAUAGACACCAAGGGCUAAACCAUAUCACUAUCGAAUAUCCUUGCAAGUUAUAACACUGUUGACACAAAUAAAUACUAACCGCAGCAUAUCUAAGUUAAAUAUGCCCCUAAAUAAAUAUAUAUUUAAAUAUAUAAUGAAAUUUACAUAUGCGUAAGGUUAUGAACGUUAGAAAGCAUUGAAAACUACUUUAAUAGUCUCUAGAAAAAGCAACGCUUUAACCUAAAAUUAAAGGCAGCAACAACAUAAAAGUGUAAAGUUUAUUGGAAACCUGCUUAAAAAUCUUCUAGCUAAAUAUUAGACGAAUUUAAGGCAAUAAACUUACUAAAGGAAUAGAGCAAAUUAGUAGAAUUGUUGGGGCAUUGGAUUUUAGUUCAUUUGCUAUCCUAUCCAUAUCGUUUAAUGGCCAACGAAAGCAGUUACCAAGUCGUUAUAGUUUUGGAGCAUAUCAGUGGCAGGUCGAGUGUAUUGUUUCAUCUCAUCCCCUCACUUUAAGGGUGCGGACAAAGCGUAGCUACAAUGUAAAGUACCGUUAAAGUAAACAGAUAAAUGAAAAGUGAAAAAUGAAAAACGAAGAACAAGAAGUAAAUGAAGUAAAUGAAGAAAACUACAAAACAUUCGCAUUAAUGUAAAAAGAAACAAAAUGCAAAACUCAAAUGGCAAUCUGAAGCAUGGAGUAGGGCGAAUCAGAAAGGCAUCGUAAUAAACGUAAAACAGAGGAAAUACUUUGAAAAUUAUGCAUGAGGAAUACGAGAGCCACACUUUAAGUUUAACGCUGUAAGUUGAAACCUUAAUAGUAAAUGAUCUAUAUAUACGAUAUGUUAGGAAUGCAAACGAGUGUGUGUUUGUAAGUUACUGGGCUUUAUGUUAGCAUAUACAACCCAAUUGAGGUGCAUGGAUAAAUAUAGAUUUAAAUAUAAAUUAUGGAGUAAUGCAAAGCGAAUGGAAACCAAGCGAUACGUCGUGGCAUAUUUGUAAUAAAGAACAAUGUAAGUGAAACAACAAAAACAAAA